AUGCCUUUCGGUUUGACUAACGCGCCGGCAGCCUUCAUGAGAUUGAUGAACGACGUGUUCAGGGAGUAUUUGGACGUGUUCGUCAUCAUUUUCAUUGAUGAUAUUCUGGUAUACUCGAGGAGUCAGGAGGAGCAUGCGACUCACUUGAGGUUGGUUCUGGAGAAGCUUCGGGAGCAGAAGCUUUUUGCUAAGUUGAGCAAGUGCAGUUUCUGGCAGCGAGAGAUGGGAUUUCUUGGCCACAUUGUUUCUGCAGAGGGAGUUUCUGUGGAUCCGGCUAAGAUUGAGGCUAUCAGAGAUUGGCCUAGACCUAGUAGUGCCACCGAGAUCAGGAGUUUUCUGGGUUUGGCAGGAUACUACAGGAGGUUCGUCAAGGGGUUUGCUACCAUGGCGCAGCCGAUGACGAAGUUGACCGGGAAGGAUGUCCCUUUUAUUUGGUCAGCUGAGUGUGAGGAGAGCUUUAGUCAGCUCAAGGAGAUGUUGACUACUACACCAGUGUUGGCGUUACCCGAGCCAGGGAAGCCUUACAUGGUGUAUACAGAUGCUUCAGGCAUUGGUCUUGGUUGUGUGCUGAUGCAGGAGGGCAGAGUGAUAGCAUAUGCUUCGAGACAGUGGCAGGGCAGUGAGCGUAACCGUCCUACACAUGACUUAGAGUUGGGAGCAGUGAUCUUCGCGUUGAAGAUUUGGAGGUCUUACUUGCUAGGUGAGACAGUACAGGUCUUCACGGAUCACAAGAGUUUGCAGCAUAUCUUCACUCAGCCGAUGAUGAACGCGAGACAGACGCGCUGGGUUGAGUUCUUGGCGGAUUAUCAGGUGAGCAUUAACUACCAUCCGGGCAAGGCUAACCUAGUGGCGGACGCGUUGAGUAGACGGAGGUAUGAUUCCGCAGUUGAGCGAGAUGUGGAGUCUCUAGUUGGCGAGAUCAGUACCUUGCGUUUGUGUGCCAUUUCGCAUGAGCCUUUGGGUUUAGAGGCAGUGGAUCAGGCGGAUCUACUUAGCAGGAUCAGAGUUGCUCAGCAGAGUGAUCAGAGUUUGCUGGAUGCGACGAGAGUGACUGGUUCUGAGUAUGAGGUCUCUGCGAAUGGGACUAUCUUGGUUCGUGGGCGAGUUUGUGUGCCUAAGGAUGUGGAGUUGAGACAUCAGAUUUUGGGAGAGGCUCACGCGAGCAAGUUUUCCAUUCAUCCGGGAGCGACCAAGAUGUACCAUGACCUCAAGAGGUACUAUCAUUGGGUCGGGAUGAAGAGGGAUGUAGCAGACUGGGUUGCGAAGUGCAACACUUGUGCCUUGGUGAAGGCAGAGCAUCAGGUUCCGGGUGGUCUUUUGCAGAGUUUACCCAUUCCCGAGUGGAAGUGGGAUAGGAUUACGAUGGAUUUCGUGGUUGGACUACCUGUUUCAAGGACUUUCGAUGCUAUCUGGGUGAUUGUGGAUCGGUUGACUAAGUCUGCACAUUUCUUGGCCAUCAAGAAGACAGAUGGAGCUGCUGUCUUGGCUAGGAAGUUUGUGCGAGAGAUUGUGAGGCUGCAUGGAGUGCCAGCUAGUAUUGUGUCAGACCGUGAUCCCAGAUUCACUUCAGAGUUUUGGAGGGCGUUUCAGGCAGAGAUGGGCACUAAGGUGCAUCUGAGUACAGCUUAUCAUCCGCAGACAGAUGGUCAGUCAGAGAGGACUAUUCAGACUUUGGAGGAUUUGCUGAGGAUGUGUGUGUUGGAUUGGGGUGGCCAUUGGGCAGAUCACCUAAGCUUAGUUGAGUUUGCAUACAACAACAGCUUUCAGGCGAGUAUUGGCAUGGCUCCAUUUGAGGCUUUGUAUGGGAGGCCAUGUAGGACACCCCUAUGCUGGACCCAAGUGGGGGAGCGCAGCAUGUAUGGAGCUACUUAUGUUCAGGAGACGACAGAGAAGGUUCGUGUUGUGAGGCUGAACAUGAAGGAGGCUCAGGAUAGGCAGAAGAGUUAUGCAGAUAGACGCAGACGAGAGCUUGAGUUUCAGGUUGGAGAUAGAGUUUAUCUCAAGAUGGCUAUGUUGAGGGGUCCUAACAGAUCCAUAGCAGAGAACAAGCUGAGUCCGCGAUUUAUGGGUCCGUUUCCAGUAGUGGAGCGAGUUGGGCCAUUGGCUUACAGGCUGGAGUUGCCUGAGAUUAUGAAAGCCUUUCACAAGGUUUUUCAUGUGUCGAUGCUGAGGAAGUGUCUUCACCCUACAGAGGAGUUAGUGGCUAGGAUUCCAGAGGAUCUUCAGCCAGAUUUGACCGUGCCGGCAGUGCCUAUGAGGAUUUUAGAGAGGAGGGAAAAGGUUCUGAGGAACAAGAGGAUUCCCUUACUGAGGAUUUUGUGGGAUUGCAGUGGUUCUACAGAGGAGACUUGGGAGCCAGAGGCAAAGAUGAAGUUGAAGUUCAGGAAGUGGUUCGACAAGCAGGUCGAGGAGUGA